GGAGCGUGCUGGGCUGGGACGCUGCACGACGCAGCAGCAGCAGCAGCAGCAGUCCCGUCAAAAGCUGCGGGUCCACCUCCAGCAGACAGACGGCUGCUACACCUGUAGUGGGACUUUUAAUAGCUCUCGGCUCGGAUUAGGCGAAAAUUGGUUUCAUCGAAGUCAACGCCUUAAUCAUGAUCCAAGGCAUUUGGAGGCAGAGCACUGGGACGACUUAGACACCUUUGGGAGAAGACGCAUGUGAUUCAGGAUUAAGAGAGGCGUUUUUCUCGAAAUGACGAUGCAUCUCUUUUGGGUGGUCUUAAUUCUGACCGUGACACGAAUUGUAAAAGGCUGGGAAUGCAACACAGGGUGCAGUACAGAAAAUGGGUUUUGUGAGAAGCCAGGGAAGUGCAGGUGCAAACCAGGGUGGCAAGGAGAGAACUGUGACCAGUGUGUUCCCUUCCCCGGCUGUCAGCAUGGCACGUGUGAGAAGGCAUGGCAGUGCAUCUGCAAAGAGGGCUGGGUAGGCAGUCUGUGUGACCAAGAUACUCGCCUGUGCUCAUCUAGGCCUUGUGCCAGUAAUGCCACCUGCAUAGAGACAGGAGAGGGAGGAUACCUAUGCAUCUGUCCCCAAGGUUAUGCUGGAGGGAACUGCCAAGAGAAGACAGGAAUUUGCCUUACAAAUGGCUCUCCUUGUCAGAACGGUGGUACGUGUAUGGAUGCCGGUGGCCUUGCAGCCUAUCCUUCCUGUUUAUGUCCCCCUGGAUUUUCUGGAGACUACUGCGAGAUCAGCAUCGACAGCUGCCAGCCAAACCCAUGCCUCAACGGUGGCAACUGCACAAACCACGGCCUGGCUUUCACAUGUGUCUGUCCACAUGGUUUCAGUGGUUUCACUUGUAAUGACACCACCAGCCUCUCCCCUUGUGCUGGGGGGCCCUGUGCCAAUGAAGGAACUUGUAUUGGUCAACCCGACGGGACUUUCCGGUGCAUUUGCCAGAAAUGGUUUACUGGUCCCACAUGUUCCCUGCACCACAAGCCAAAAACAAGAUCCAAGUCGGUCAGUGCCAGGCCAGUGGACGGCAGAGUGUUUGCCCUCACACCACAGCACUACUCCAUCCCUGCUCACGCCUUCCACAAGCUGCUGAGACCGCCCGAAAGAGACCUGCUCAAGAUUACCCUGAAGGAGACCGUCCACUCUUCUGGAAUCCUUGUUACCCACGGUCAGCUCGUGUGCUUUGGCAUGCUGGCUUUGCUCACCUGCCUGGUCAUUUUGGGCACUACAGGAAUAGUGUUUUUUGGCCGCUGUGAGACAUGGCUGGCCAAUGCAAAGUACAGCCAGCUUGUUCGCCAGCAACGAGAGCACCUGCUCAGAGAUGUUGGCAGCACGAGCCACGAAGAGCCCCAGCACUCGGUAAACAUCAUAUUGCCAGAGAAGAUUAGACUCUCCAGCUUUGGGAGACACUACACCUCCAUCUGAUUGAAAUGCCACCCCCUGUUCCUUGUUCAAAAUGUCAAAAUGAAUGUCUUAAAAAAAGUAUUGGUUAUACAAAACUACCAAUGGUGUAUGAUCACUUGAACAACAGAAAAGACAUCAGGCAAACCCUGAUAUGUGUUUGAAUGUAUUACACUCUGGACCAAUUAAUGAUGCUGGAUUGUAAAUGUGUUUAUUUUUCAAUCAAUUAAGUGUAAAACAAUUAAAAUGCUAUAGAAUUUAAAAGGAUGUUGUGUGACAUUUCUUAAGGUGGCUUCAGAAUUUUAAAAACGUAGUCUCUUUUUCAAAAUAAUUUGGAAUCAAACCGUAUUCUUGGAGAAGAAAAUUAGUUUCCAUCAAAGGAAGAUAAGAGUCACCUCUUCUCUUAUUUAUGAUUUAACUCAUUUCUUGUACCUCUGACUGGAUCUGAAAUAACAAUUACAUGUUUACAAUCGUUGCGAGGACUGCAACAGUUACUCAAUGGACAUGAAGUCAGCAUCUUUGAAUCGUGGUUGUCAGUCAUCCUUCUGGACUAAACAAUUACUUGACUACUUUUUUAACUGUCAGUUACGAUUUUUUUUCUCAAACUGUUUUACUUUAAUGUAUUGUAAAUGUGCCAUUUCUUAGCAAAUGCAAAAGUUAAAAUUCUGUGUUUGUACAGUAGGUGUGUAUUUAUAUUUAAAUCAUUCUGGUUUUAACAGAAAGGGAUUCACUUCCUUUGAUACCAUCUUAGGCAUUGUAGCUGUUUUUGAUUUUUCUUUAAAUGUUUCAGAUAUAUAUUAAGACAAAUAUGAAGACAGUCAUUUUACAGAGCACAGAGAAAUAUUUCCAUUUCCAUUUUUUUCUAAUGGUAAGAUAAUUUGUUUCUUUUAUUGAUCAUCUAUGUGAGGUAUCCCCUGCAGUUUCUGAGUCUUAACAGUACUUCUCUACAUGAUUUUUUUUUUAUCAUUAGUGCACAAUCAAUUAUUUCAUGUGAAGUAAGCCUUUCUUCUGGGAUUCUUGGAACUGAAACUUUAAUACAUGUUAAGUGGCUUUGAUCAUGAAAGGAAAUAACUAUUCAAUCUGGGAGGGGGAAGGAGAAGAGAUGACUGCAUCUGUACAGAGUUUUGUGGUGGAUUUUAGGUGUUUAUUCUGAUGUUAUCUCUUGUAUUAGAGCAGUUAAUGUCCCAUUGUCUAUUGUUUUUAAUAAAAGACACAAUGUCCUCCUGAUAAGUGAGUUUCAGAAGC